CACAGAAGACAAAACAGCUGAACCAGCUCGGUCGUUCACGUCUUUAUCAAAACAAGAUGAAAAAGUUACUUUUGUUGCUUCUCUUCUGUCACGUCUCAUCUCCACUGAAACACUCAAUCAAGUCUUUCGUUACUGCAUCUUCUGGAGUCCCAAACUUCCCAGAGCUUGUGGUUGCUACAGUGGUGGAUGAACUUCAGUGGGGUUACUGUGACAGCAACAAAAAGAUAGUAGAACUAAAACAGGACUGGAUGGAAAAUUUACUUAAAAACCAUCCUGAGCAGUUGAAGUUGAUAACUAGUGAAUGUUUUAAUUAUCUGCCUAACAGCUUCAAAACCUGGAUGGAUCACUUUAAGCAACGCUUCAACCAAACUGGAGGUUUGCACAUUCUCCAGAGGAUGACUGGCUGUGACUGGGACGAUGAGACUGGAGAGGUCAAUGGUUAUGAACAGUUUGGUUAUAAUGGAGAAGACUUCCUAGCAUUCGACCUGAAGACAUUGACAUGGAUUGCUGCAAAACCACAGGCUUUCAUCACCAAACUGAGUUGGGAUGCUGAGAUAUCUACAAUAAAACACAAUGAGAUUCUCCUCACUCAGCUUUGUCCUGAGUGGCUAAAGAUGUAUUUGAACUAUGGGAAGAGCUCUCUGCUGAGAAAAGAUCUUCCCUCAGUGUCUCUCCUCCAGACGUCUCCCUCCUCUCCAGUCAGCUGCCACGCUACAGGUUUCUACCCUGACAGAGCCAUGAUGUUCUGGAGGAAAGAUGGAGAGGAGCUUCAUGAGGACGUGGACCACGGAGAGAUCCUCCCCAACCACGAUGGAUCCUUCCAGAUGAGUGUUGACCUGGACCUUUCAUCAGUCCCAGCUGAAGACUGGAGGAGGUACGACUGUGUGUUUCAUCUCUCUGGUGUGGAGGACGACAUCAUCACCAAACCGGACAAAGUAGAGAUCAGGACCAACAGAGAGAAUCCUUCAGACAGGACCAUUCCCAUCACUGCUGCAGUGGCUGUUCUUGCUGUCGUCCUCGCCGCUGCCACUGGAUUCAUUUUUUACAAAAACAAGAAAGCCAAACUCCCUCCACAAUCUCCUGACAACAGCUCUGAGCUCUCUGAGAAACUGAAUCCAGAGACCUGAUUUACAAACACAUCCUGCACUGCUCCUGACAACAGCUCUGAGCUCUCUGAGAAACUGAAUCCAGAGACCUGAUUUACAAACACAUCCUGCACUGGUAAAGCAGUAAACUCUUCACAUCUCCAGUUAAACAGUUUGUGUGUGUGAUUAAUAUCAUUUCUGUAUUAUAUGUUUAUAUACUCAAACAUUCAGUUCAUAUACUCACUGUAUAAAUAUACUCUAUUUGUACUCUAUCUAGAUAUACAUAUGGUUUGGGUCUUAUAGAUAAACUACUCUAACAUGUAUGGAACCAUCCCAAUGAAGUAGGGGUAAAUAAAAUGUCCUCUCUGGUGUUUGACAACUUGACAGCAACAUCCUGAUUAUUUAGCUUAAUUAAAAGAAAAAUGUUGUGUAAAUAUUCUGAUUAUAUAUUUCUUCCAUUGGGGUUUUUGAACCAUUUUCUUUUAAAGUGUGGUUUUGGUCUUUAAGAAUCUCAGCCAAGACUCAGCA